AUGGUUGGUUCAUCCAAGACUGUGGCUUUUGCUGAUCAAUCCUCCACUAUGGUUAUGUUGAACGUCAAACCAUGGCAGAAUUUGAUCCUCAGUCUUACUGCCUCACGCUACAAUGAAGCCUUACGCCCAAUGAUUGAGUGUUUGCGUUUCUCGCCACUGGCUCAAGCUUUGACCAUGGAAGAAUCCAUUCCUCUCGUCCAUCUCUCAAAGGCGUAUUGUCUGCUACUUAAAAUUCAAGGGUUUGAUGCCACUAAAGGGCUAGUCGAUCCGGACUCAAUUUCAUCUUCUAAUCUAAUCCACAUGCUCUACCAAAUGGGUUAA